GCCGGCAGCCCGGAGCCAUGGCCCUGAGCGAGCUGGCGCUGCUGCGCUGGCUGCGGGACGGCCGCCACUCGCGCAGGCUGAUUCUCUUCAUCGUGUUCCUCGCGCUGCUGCUGGACAACAUGCUGCUCACGGUGGUGGGUACGUACCCCGCGCGUGCCAGCCGCGCGCUCCCCGGGGACCCCAACACCUUGUCCUCACCAUCUAGCCCAGCUCCCAGCGUCCCCUGUCCAGCCGCGGGGCCAGGCACAUCACAGCGUCUCGGGCCACCUGCCCUCCGCACCCCACUCACCCCGCUUUAUCUGAGCAGCUCUUUCUCCCCAAAAGUUGAAGAGCGCGCUGUGCUGGAAACAAAACAAAAGCCUAUCCCUGAGCACAGCCCGCCUUUCCCCUGCUCCUGGAGCCCCGCUUGCGGCUUCGUGUUCCCGGGGUCAGGUCACACCCGGCGGCGUCCGAUAAGCCUCAGAAGCUGUGUUUCCUCCUGAUAAUUGCCUGCUCCUCCUCGCCCACUGUCAGUGCGAUGGAAAAGAUUUCUGUCAAAGCGGAACAGUGCGCCGAGUUGCUGCCGCCCUUGGGACCGUUACUAGGCUGCUGCCAGGUAGGUUACCAGUCGGUGGGCGACGAAGGAGCAGGCAGCAACGUCUAAGAGUUUGAGCGGGCCCUCUGAGGGAAGCGGGGCCCAGCACAGCUCAACUGCGAAUGUCCUGCAAAGACAAGGUCAGACCAAAUGACUCAAAACCAAACCCCUUAGUCCCUCAAACAGAAGGGAUUCCACACACUCUUUUGAAAACCAAUUUUCAGGGAACAGACAUCUUUGUUUUCCCUUCAGACCCUCAGGUAGCGAGUCCGUCCCCAUUUGCACAGUCUGGGAGCAUCUUAGCGUCCUGCGCAGCUCAGGAGAGUCCGCUGUGGGGGGAGGGCAGCCAGGGUCCCCGACGGCCUUUGUCUUCAAUGCCCCGUGGUCCCCAUGUGUCCGGCCUUCUGUGAUAUCAAGCCGCUUUGCUUUUCCGUGGUAGACGUCUCAGUGGGUGACACGGGAACCCGCAGACUGCCUUCCCGGUGGCGUUGGCCUGCUGAGAAUGUCCAGUUUAUCACUGCUGCAAGGACUGUGUGUGUGUUUCCCAAAGUACAUCAUGAAAUUCAGAUGUCCACUGCCUUAUCCAUUUAGAAGUCAGCCAAGCCUCCCGACCCUAGUCCCCAUCAUCCCCAGCUACCUGUACAGCAUAAAGCAUGAGAAAAAUGCCACAGAGAGCCAGACCGUUGGGCCCACACUCACAGCCUCCACCUCGGGAAGUUUCUCUCACUAUGACAACUCAAUCCUAUUCACCGGGAACACCACUGGGGGCCUCCCAGGGGGGCAGCCACACAAGGCUACCCCCACACAGCACGUGGUGACCAACGCAUCCACCAUCCCUCCUGACUGUCCCAGCGAAGACAAAGACCUCCUGAACGAAAAUGUGCAGGUCGGGCUGCUGUUCGCCUCCAAAGCCACCGUCCAGCUCCUCACCAACCCAUUCAUAGGACUGCUGACCAACAGAAUCGGCUACCCGAUCCCCAUGUUCGCCGGGUUCUGCAUCAUGUUCAUCUCCACCGUCAUGUUUGCCUUCUCCAGCAGCUACGCUUUCCUGCUGCUUGCCAGGUCCCUGCAGGGAAUCGGCUCAUCCUGCUCCUCUGUGGCUGGGAUGGGCAUGCUGGCCAGCGUGUACACGGAUGACGAAGAGAGGGGCAACGCCAUGGGCAUUGCCUUGGGGGGCCUGGCCAUGGGAGUCCUGGUGGGCCCCCCCUUCGGGAGCGUGCUCUAUGAGUUCGUGGGGAAGACGGCUCCCUUCCUGGUGCUCGCUGCGCUGGUGCUCCUGGACGGAGCCAUUCAGCUCUUUGUGCUCCAGCCGUCCCGUGUGCAGCCAGAGAGUCAGAAGGGGACACCCCUGACCACCCUGCUGAAGGACCCCUACAUCCUCAUUGCCGCGGGCUCCAUCUGUUUCGCAAACAUGGGGAUCGCCAUGCUGGAGCCCGCCCUGCCCAUUUGGAUGAUGGGGACCAUGUGCUCGCGGAAGUGGCAGCUGGGCAUUGCGUUCUUGCCAGCGAGUAUCUCUUAUCUCAUUGGAACCAAUAUUUUUGGGAUACUUGCACACAAAAUGGGAAGGUGGCUUUGUGCUCUUCUGGGAAUGGUAAUUGUUGGAAUCAGCAUUUUAUGUAUUCCUUUUGCAAAAAAUAUCUAUGGACUCAUCGCUCCCAACUUUGGAGUUGGUUUUGCAAUUGGGAUGGUGGACUCCUCCAUGAUGCCUAUCAUGGGCUACCUGGUCGACCUGCGGCACGUGUCCGUCUACGGAAGCGUAUAUGCCAUUGCAGACGUGGCCUUUUGCAUGGGGUAUGCUAUCGGUCCCUCUGCUGGCGGUGCCAUUGCAAAAGCAAUUGGCUUUCCUUGGCUCAUGACAAUUAUCGGGAUAAUUGACAUUGCUUUUGCCCCACUCUGCUUUUUUCUUCGAAGUCCACCUGCUAAGGAAGAAAAGAUGGCUAUCCUCAUGGACCACAACUGCCCCAUUAAAACAAAAAUGUACACUCAGAAUAAUGUCCAGUCAUAUCCCAUCGGUGAUGAUGAAGAAUCCGAAAGUGACUGAGACCCUCUAAACCCGCCAAAUGCUUAACUGUGUAGAAGUGUUUCCAAUGAGAUGACUCAUGCAGACUGUCUUAGUCACACCAUCCAUUCCUGGCAAAGAGUAAGAGAACCAAAGGUGAUACUUUCUUUCCAUGGUUAUGAUUGACUGCUAACAGCCUUAUAAAGAAAAAGCAGCUUUUCUAGGGGUUUGUAUAAAUAGUGUUGAAAACUUUAUUUUACGUAUUUGGUUUUAUUAAAUAUUAUACAAUAUAUUUUGACGAAAUAGGUAUACUGUAAAUGUAUAAAUAUUUGAACCCAAAUCAAAUAUAAUUUUUUAACUUACAUUCAUGAACACUUGGACAAAAAAAUCUUCUAUUUUUUUCUGAAUACUGGUAAUGAGUGUGUAAAGCACACAUUAUCUGAGGCUCCAACAAGAAACUAGAGUCUGGGAAGCAGUCACUAAGACAGGGUGUUACAUGUAACACGGAUGGUGUUGUGACGUGUAGCUAGAGUCGAUGGAUUUGUGUUGAAAGCUAGUCACCUCCACCGCAGAGGACAAGAAACUUUAUCAGCCAUCUUUCAGACCUACUCACCAACCUUUGCCAGAAUUAGCUUUCAUUAUAACCACCAACCUGGAAAGGGAUGGUUGUAAAUUUAGUUUUCUGUCCUAUCAUUGGCAGCAAUCAUGAAGGCCAAGCAGGCUCUGUAAAAAGUGAACGCUCUGAAAGAGGAAAGAACCCAUGUGCUGCACUUUAUACACUGUCAAGGUUAAGCAUGAUAUAGCUUUAUCAAACCUAGUUUACGUUUUGGACAAGGAAAACAAGAAAAAUCUGAUUACAUCUUGCACCUGCUUGCAGGUCAUCCAAGUGUUUUUCUAGCAAUUUGUUAAUUUUGAGUUGCAGUUAUUUUUUAAACUCCUAAAAGUUGUUCAUAUCAAUGUAGAAAUGGCUCUUACACAAAGAUGAAGGAAUGAAAUUGUUUGAGUCUGACAUGAUUGUGCUAAGGGAGAAAACAGGGCGGUCAGGGCCCCUUUCCUUUCUGAAGCAGAAGAAAACCAUCAGCAAAUGUGUGUCAGUAGAUCAUCGUGUGUGCUGGGUAGAAUAACUUUUCUAGGCACGGCAACACUGCUCUGUUCUCAGUGUGCCAGCUAAUACUGUUAGUGAAUGCUUUAACUGCUCUGUAUGAGAUUGCAAUCUUCUGGAAUGCGUUAAUUCUGCAGUUCUGUAAUUAUAAAAAUAUACCUGUCAGUUCUGUUAA